AAACAAUAAAAAAAAAAUUAAGUUGUAUAAUCGCCAAAAAAAAAAACUUGUUGAAUUCGCUAGCUCCCUCGCACUGCUGCGUGUAAAUUUAUUAAACAACCCACAAAGAAACUAAAGCAACAACAACAAGAGACGACGUCAUGCAGGCAAUCAAGUGUGUUGUUGUUGGCGACGGAGCCGUGGGUAAAACUUGCCUGCUGAUCAGUUAUACGACAAAUGCCUUUCCCGGCGAAUAUAUACCCACCGUAUUCGAUAAUUAUUCGGCAAAUGUGAUGGUCGAUGCCAAACCGAUUAAUUUGGGAUUAUGGGAUACGGCCGGACAGGAGGAUUACGAUCGUUUGCGUCCAUUAUCGUAUCCACAAACAGAUGUGUUCCUCAUCUGUUUCUCGCUGGUGAAUCCCGCCUCGUUUGAGAAUGUGCGCGCCAAAUGGUUUCCCGAGGUGCGUCAUCAUUGCAACAAUGUGCCCAUCAUCCUCGUCGGCACCAAGCUCGAUUUGCGCGAUGAUAAGCCAACGAUUGAGAAACUCAAGGAUAAGAAACUGACACCCAUCACCUAUCCGCAAGGACUGGCAAUGGCCAAGGAAAUUGCCGCGGUUAAAUAUCUGGAAUGCUCGGCUCUCACACAGAAGGGACUGAAGACUGUCUUCGAUGAGGCAAUACGCUCGGUGCUUUGUCCGCCCAGUCGUCGGCCGCACAAGCGCGGCUGUGUCUUGCUCUAAAAUGUUGCACAAUCCAAAUUUGUUUUUCUCCGAGAGAGAAACACCGAGAGUGAGCGAGAGAUAUAGAGCGAGAGGGGGAGAGGGGAGCGGUAACAAAGCGCAGAAAGUUUGCAAAAAAUAUUCAAUCGCUUUAGUUACAGUUACAGUUUU